UUAGCUUGAGGGACUCCGACAAAUAUUUUUCAUUUCGCGUUUUCUAACGAUGCCAGAAUUAGAUAACUUGCUCGAUUCUGAAUCAUCCUAGCUUAGGGAGUGUACACCAAUAUAUAAAUAGAUGCUACGCUUUGUAUAAAGUAAAACACAUACGCGAUCGAACUUCAGUGAUACAUAGAUUUAUAAGCUAAACCGUUAAUAUGAAAUAUAAUAUUACAUAUCUACAGCCUUAUUUUCAAAUAAUGCCUCAACAGCAAAACAACAAAGAGACAUUAGGAGUCAUUGGAUUUCCUUUCUCUAAGGGACAGCCCCGAAAUGGUACUGAGCAUGGACCAAAUGUACUACGGGAAGCUGGUAUCAUCACAAGCCUACAAAGCCUAGGUGUGAACGUCAUAGAUCACGGUGACAUUGAGAUUGAGGUUGUGCUCAGGGAUGAGCCAAUGAAGAAUGUCAGGAAUCCCAGGACAGUCGCUGCUGCCAAUAAGAAGCUCUCGGAUGCAGUGGCCAAACUGGUCAAGAUGAACCAGUCAGUGCUGGCUCUAGGAGGAGACCACUGCAUGGCUAUUGGCUCAAUCCACGGGCACGCCCAAGUGGAGCCCAACCUGGUAGUGGUCUGGGUCGACGCCCACGCUGACGUCAACACUCCUCUGACGUCCGUCUCCGGAAACAUCCACGGGAUGCCAUUGUCUUUCCUGUUAAAAGAGCUGGAAGAAUUUGUCCCAAAAGUGCCGGGUUUUGAAUGGUGCAAGCCCUGUCUGUCUGUCCGAGACCUAGUCUACAUUGGACUCCGUGACGUUGACCCAGCAGAAAGAUUAAUAAUCGAGAAGUUCGGCAUCCACGCCUACUCUAUGCAAGAAGUGGAUAAGUAUGGCAUCAAAGAGGUUGUUGAGCGAGCAUUGAAUCAAGUGGACCCCAGUGGUGUCCGGCCCAUUCAUGUUAGCUUUGAUGUUGACGCCAUGGAUCCAACACUGACUCCAGCCACUGGUACACCAGUGUCUGGUGGUCUCUCACUCAGAGAAUCGUUUUACCUGGCUGAGGAAAUCUCUAAUACAGGGAGACUGUCUGUGCUGGACAUUGCAGAGGUCAAUCCUUUACUCAGUACCGAGGACAAAAGAAAAUUAACUGUGAUUAACACAACAGACGUAAGCACCAAAUUCUACGGGUACAGACGCCAAGGGAAUGCACCUAGAGAUUACGAACUGCCCAAGCCUUAAAAAUAAGGGAAUAGGUGUCGCAUUUUAGUUUCAUGAGAACAAAUACACAAAGAAAAAAGUUUUUCUACAAUUUUGACAUACAUAUAUUAGGAACUAAAAAAAGUUAAAGUUGAAAGUUCAAAGGUGGGUUUAUAGGGCAGAAGGUUAACAUCAUUUUAUUAAAGUCUCUUCAUUAGUUACUUAGGUUAAAAAAGAUUGUUCCUAAGUUCAGAUAAGAUGUUCAAUGUUUUAUUUGUGUCUAGACUGAGCAUUCAAAUUUUAAUAGUGAAUCUUAGCUUCAGCAUUUCUAUCAAUCUUGGGCUCGGCUUUAUAUUUACAAUGUACACAUUUUAUUUUAAUAUUAUAAUUAGCAUUAAUUAAACACUCUUUAUUUAAGUGGGUUAGUAGUAAGAGCCAUGUUAGGAAGAAACAUUUUUGAAUAUUUAUUUCACAUUUGCAUUUGUAUAUGGAGCUUGCAUUUGAUUUAAAAUUUUACAGAGUUUUAUUGUAUUUUUUAAUUUUGCUUUUAAAUAUUAGCUCAGCGCUUAUUUAUUGAAUACAGAUUGAAUCUAUUGUGUCAACGUUGAUGGUGUUAUCACAGUUGCAUUUAUUUUAUGUAAAUUUACUUUCUUUUUCAAUAAUCGUAUAUAUAUAUAUUUUUCUUUUAUUUGAAAUUCUGAUGAGCUUGAUGUAAUGUUUAAGUUGCAUCUCCAUUUUUGGACCAACAGUAACAAUGUGAUUUUGUUUAUAUGGAUGCAAUAAGUUAUAAAAUAUUAUAAUCAUUUUUCUUGUAUUUUUUUAAAAUGAGUGUAAUAAGACAGUGUCUUGAUUAUUUAUAAAUUUUGUUUAAUUUUUAAUAAGUUUCAUUUCUUAUUACAACAUUUAAAUUUGCAUUUGUGUCUUGUUGGUCCCUGUGGCUUUGUUUCAUAAAUUUUGUUUAUAUUUUAUGCAAAUAAAGAAAAUGAACCAAUGAA